AUGAGUCGCACGCUGCCGAGCCGACAAGCCGAAGAGCUAAACAAGUCCAUCAUAGCCUACCUCGCCGCAAACAACCUGCCCAGCUCGGCCGCCUCGCUCAGGCAGGAAGCCGGCCUGGGUGAGGAUGUCUUCGACACGGCCACGGCCAACAAGUACGAGACGCUGCUCGAGAAGAAAUGGACCAGCAUUGCGCGGCUACAGAAAAAGAUCAUGGACCUCGAGUCCCGCAACGCGGCACUGCAGUCGGAGCUCGACAACGCGACCCCGACCUCCCUCUCCAAGCGGAACCAAGACCCCGCCUCUUGGCUUCCGCGGCUGCCCGCGCGCCAUACCCUCGAGUCGCAUCGCGACACCAUCAACUGCAUCGCCUUCCACCCCCGCUUCUCCUCGGUCGCCUCCGGCUCCGACGACUGCACCAUCAAGAUCUGGGACUGGGAGCUGGGCGAGCUCGAGCAGACCAUCAAGGGCCACACGCGGGCCGUCCUGGGCCUUGAUUACGGCGGCCCGCGCGGUGCCGCCCUGCUGGCGUCGUGCAGCUCCGACCUCACAAUCAAGCUGUGGGACCCGGCAGACCAGUACAAGAACAUCCGCACCCUGUCGGGACAUGACCACAGCGUCAGCGCCGUGCGCUUCAUCCCCUCGGGCGCCGGCGGCUCCCAGUCGUCGGGCAACCUGCUCGUCAGCGCCAGCGGAGACAAGACGCUGAGGAUAUGGGACACGACGACGGGCUACUGCCUCAAGGCGCUCAAGGGCCACACGGGCUGGGUCCGAGACGUCUGCCCGUCCCUCGACGGCCGCUUCCUCUUGUCGACGGGCGGCGACCACACGGCUCGCCUGUGGGACAUAUCGGUCCCCAACCCCGAAAAUAAGGUCACCAUGCUCGGGCACGAGCACGUCGUCAAGUGCUGUGCCUUGGCGCCGCCCACCUCAUACCAAUACCUGGCGCCGCUGGCCGGGCUGAAGAAGCCGCCGGCGUUGACGAGCGCGGCGGAAUACAUGGCUACGGGGUCGCGCGACAAGACGAUCAAGCUGUGGGACUCGCGAGGCAACUGCCUCAAGACGCUGGUGGGACACGACAACUGGAUCACGGGCGUCAUCUUCCACCCCGGCGGCAAGUACCUGCUAUCCGUGGCCGACGACAAGACGAUACGGUGCUGGGACCUGGCGCAGGAUGCAAAGUGCGUCAAGGUGCUGAGCAAGGCGCACGGGCACUUUGUGACAUGCCUGAGGUGGGCCCCCGGCAUGUCCAAGGACAGCGGUGCGGUCAACGGCGGCGGCGCGCAGGAGCCGGGCUCCGAGGGCGACGCGGGGGCCAAGAAGAGCCCUGGGGGGCCAGAGGCGACGGCCGAGACGAUACGGUGCGUGAUUGCGACGGGCAGCGUCGACAAGACGUUGAAGAUAUUUGCCAACUAG